AUGGCGCUAGCCGCGGCCGCCGCUGCCGCGGCUGCCGGGGUGAGCCAGGCGGCAGUGCUGGGGUUCCUGCAGGAGCGCGGCGGGAAGGUGCGUAACUCCGAGCUGCUGAGUCGCUUCAAGCCGCUGCUGGAUGCGGGCGACCCGCUCGGCCGCGCCGACCGCAGGGACCGCUUCAAGCAGUUCGUCAACGAUGUGGCGGUGGUGAAGGAGUUCGACGGCGUCAAGUUCGUGGUGCUGCGGAAAAAGCCGCGGCCCCCACUGGGACCGCAGGCCCUGCCCUCCUGCGUCCCCAGCACCCCCUCCCCAGUGUCAAAGAUCACUUCCGUCUCACUGGGGACAACCACUGGUCCGGAGGCUCCAUCCUUGGGGUCGCCCCAGCAGGCAGAGGAACCACCAGAGGAUCUAGUCCCCCCACCAGAGCCACAGGAUCCCCCCGGGGCUCAGACCUCUGAGCCGGCUCAGCCAAGUGGAGAGCUGGGGAGCUUGGGUUCGGCGCACCAGUCAAAGGGACCCACGGACGACGGGGUUCCCUCCUCUGAGCUAGUCCAGCCUUUCAAGGGACUGUCCGCAGACGUGACCGAACCGUCUAGAGCACAGUCCGAGGCGGCCUCACCCCGCGCAGAGCUGCCAGACCCGGCACCUGGCCCGGGGACUGCCAAUGGGCCGCCGCCGCCCACUCCGCGUGCGCCGCCGCCGAAGCCGUGCAUGCUGCCGGUGCGCUGCUUCCCGGGCCCCGCCGCGCUCCGGGUCCGGGGCGAGGAGCACGGCCUGCGCCGACAGCUGUCGGAGGAGCCGAGCCCGAGGGGCUCCCCGCUACUGCUGCGGCGGCUCUCAGUGGAGGAGUCCGGAUUGGGCCUCAGCCUGGGCCCAGGACGCUCCCCGCACCUGAGGCGCCUGUCGCGCGCAGGCCCGCGUCUCCUGAGCCCCGACGCCGAAGAGGUGCCAGCCGCGCCGCCGCCGUCUGCCCUGCCCCUGGAGCCGGCCGAGCACGAGUGGCUAGUGCGGGCGGCCGGUGGCCGCUGGACUCACCAGUUGCACGGGCUGCUGCUGCGCGACUGCGGCCUGGCAGCCAAGCGCGACUUCAUAUCGGGCUUCACUGCCCUGCACUGGGCCGCCAAGAGCGGCGACAGUGAGAUGGUGCAGCAGCUGGUGGAAGUUGCGCUUCGCGGCGGCACGCCGGUGGACGUGAACGCACGUUCGCAUGGCGGCUACACUCCACUGCAUCUGGCUGCGCUGCACGGCCGCGAGGAUGCCGCGGUGCUGCUGGUGGAUCGCCUGGGUGCGCAGGUGCACGUGCGCGACCACAGCGGGCGGCGGGCCUACCAGUACCUGCGGCCUGGCUCCUCGUACGCGCUGCGCCGCUUACUCGGCGACCCGAGUCUGCGCGGGGCGACCGAGCCGGAUGUCGCCGGCGGCGGUGGCGGCAGCCUUGCGGCCCGGCCCCCAGUGCAGGUGGCCGCCACCAUCCUCAGCUCCACUACCAGCACGUUUCUGGGCGUCUUGGCUGACGACCUGAUGCUCCAGGACCUGGCUCGCGGCCUGAGGAAGUCCGGCUCCUUCAGCAAGUUCCUGGGCGCCUCACCCAUGGCUCCACGCAAAAAGACCAAGACCCGCAGUGGCCUUCCGUCCUUCCCAGAAGUCUCUCGUCGAGCCACUUCAGGGCCCCUAGCCGGGCUAAUGCCCAGCUUGCCCCCCACAACCUGACAGCCUCUGAGGCGACAGCUUGGUUGAUCCAGUUGGGCCUUUCCUCCACAGCCUAGGUGUGCCGUAAGCCGUGGCCCAGCACCCACUGUAUUCUGCAACACCCACUGUAUCCUGUUUCCAACUUUGUCCACUGCAGUCUGUUUUACCCAGGUGGGCCUAUGCCUCCAAGCUUCUGUCUGAGGUUAGGCCUGUCUCCGGAGCUGGAAUUACAGAUCUCAAUGAGAGUCUCCAAUGAGGAACUCCACAAUCUCUGGAGGACACUUGAAAUUUAGGAUCAAAGGUUAAGGGGGCAGCAGCUGGUCUGGCCCCUGCAUGAAUUAACCUGAUGCUUCCGCAUCUACACGCUCCCAAACCAGAACUAAAGCAAAGGCAGUGGUCUCUUUAAAUAUUGGAUUAUGUUGGGUUGUUUGUCAGCUUUAAAAUAGGUGGUGGUUUUGUAAUUCGAUGGUUUUAUCCUGUUUUUAAAUUAAAAUGAGGCAAAGCAACUUUCAUAAAUCUAACCUUGUGAAAUUAUAUUUUUCCAUUUUUAGAAAAAGUGCUCAGACACUUUCAAUCUUUUGCUAAGUAUUUUGGAAUUAUAUUUAAAAAAAAUAGAUCAAGAUAUAAAAGAAAUUAGUCCAAACCAAUGAAACCCUUAAAAAUUCAUCUACCUCAUUUCGGCAAUCAAGAUUCUGGAGAGUCUUGAACACAGAAUAACCAUUGUGACCAUUGUGAAUGUAAUUAAUUUCAGCUGUACUGUGAAUGCUAAGUAUUAGGAAACAAGUGCAUUUUGAGAGUAAAGCUAAUUUAACAAAGAAGGGAAAGGAACAUUUUGGCAAAUACUUUUAAUUUGUGGCUGUCUUUACAGAGAAAUGUAAACAUGCAUGUUUGGCACCAAUGGGUCGUUAUUUUGAUUUGGCAUGAAUAUUUACAUAUACUUUUUAAAAAGUGUGAUUUAUUUGUGACUUGCACCUUUGUGCCACACUUCUGAAACUGUGGUUCUCCAACCUGGCCCAGUCUUUCUGCACCCGAGGCAAAUAUUCAAGGGAAAAAAUGUCAUAGCAUUCUGCCAGAAACAAAACUGGUUGGGGUAUUCAUGGAUACAAUUAAGAGCAACAAUUAUAUAUAAAAGUUCUGUACAAAGAACAAGUACAUGAUAUCCAUUUUAAAAAGGCUUUUAAAUGCGAACAACUUCUUAUUCCAAAAUAGCAAAAGCCGAAUCUCUGCUCAUUGACCAUGGAAGGGUGCCUUAACAUCUCUGGACCAUUGUUCCUGAUCUGUAGAUUGAGAAGGUUUGUAGAUAUUGCCAAGAUUUCCCAGGUUCAACAUGGUGUAAUUUUAAUGCCACUUUUUCUGUUUUAAAAAUGUGGAAUCUAUUUGUUCACCCAACCUUUUCUUUACAUAUCAUAUUGUAAUUAUGCUCUGCUUUUUCAAAUUGUGUUUGCAUGUCAGUAGAUAUUAAAUAGUUUGGUGUGACACAAAGUAGUUGUUUCCUCUCCUUCCCCCUUCAUGUAUAUAAGUGAAGCCUUUGGAAUUAUUUCAGGCAGUCCUUUAUGGAAUGCCUUGACUUAAGCAUUGAAAUAAACAGUCUCCAUUUUGUUCCUACCUGUGUGAUGAUGUUCUUCUCUUAAACAUUCCACAGCUUUUGCUACUGUAUUUUUCUUUUCUUUUCCACUACUUAAUUUCUUCCUUUUCCCUUCAUCCUCUGCCCCUUUCAAGCAUUCUAUUAUUAAGAGUUUGGAUUGCUAUGCAAUGUAAAGAAGGCCACCACAUAUGGAUAUGGUAGCCAAGAACUGUAGAUAAAUGUAGGCCCUGAUGUGACCCUUCCCACCUUCCUUGCCUGAAACCCUGGCAUGUCUAGCUAACCUGCAUAAAUUAUUUUAAAAUGCAAAUUAAUUCUUCUGCCUCUGCAGAAAAAUUGUGGGAGGCAAUAAUUAUAGCAAUCUGAGCAGCUGAAGGUCUAGAAGACAGAAAAAAACUAGAGAUUUUUCAUGGUAAAAAAGAGGCCUAACAGACAGGGUGUCAAAGGUCACAGACACAGGUGCAAUCUUCCUUGAGAAGACAAAGUCUAAAUCAGCA